AUGAAGAAGAGCCGCAGCGUGCUGUCUGUGACUGGAGAAGAGGUGAGACAGGGUAAAGACACAGAUAUAAUUGGUGCUGAGGAGAAGGGGGAGUCAUCUCGCUACAGCCGAUCUUAUACGUCUGGGGCCACACUGGGAGCCGAGCUUCGCCGAGGGAGGAGCAGAAGACUUUCCUCUAGUCUGCAGGUACCGUGCUGGCUCCGCCCUCGAGACCGCACUCGUUCCCCCGAGGUCCUGAGCAACGUGUCCCGUCCAACAACUCUUCCCCUCCGCAUCCCGCCUCGCAUCUCCAUCACACAAGCAGACACUGAGAGCUAUGAAGCAGAAAAUGGCGUGUCCCCGGGUCACACCCCGCUGGGCUCUCAGAGUCCCGGCCUCACGCUACACACCUCCUUCCCCGGACAGAGACGAGAGUCCUUCCUCUACCGCUCGGACUCGGACUACGACAUGUCACCCAAGACGGUCUCUCGUAACUCCUCCCUCGCCAGUGAAGGGCACACAGGAGAAGACUUCAUCGUCACACCUUUUGCACAAGUAUUGGCGAGUCUGCGAUCAGUACGGAGCAACUUCACCAUUCUUGCCAACGUCUCACCAGUCAAGCGCUCCCCGGUGGGUGGGGUGUGUCUCAGCCCCCGGGCGGCGCUCUCGGAGCAGCAGUACCAGCAGCUGGCUCUGGACACUCUGGAGGAGCUGGACUGGUGUUUGGACCAGCUGGAGACCAUCCAGACGCACCGCUCCGUCAGCGAGAUGGCGUCCAACAAGUUUAAGAGGAUGCUGAACAGAGAGCUGUCCCACCUGUCAGAGAUGAGUCGCUCCGGUAACCAGGUGUCAGAAUACAUCUCCAGCACCUUCAUGGACAAGCAGAACGAGGUGGAAAUCCCGUCUCCCACCCUGAAAGAGAAAUCCAUGAGUCACAUCAGCGGCGUGAGGAAACUGUCUCACAGCUCCAGCCUCUCCAGCUCCUCCAUGCCUCGCUUUGGCGUCAACACAGACCACGAGGACGAGCUCGCCAAGGAGUUGGAGGAUCUGGAUAAGUGGAGUUUCAACAUAUUCAGAGUAGCAGAGUUCUCCAACAACAGACCGCUCAGCUGCAUCAUGUACACCAUCUUCCAGGAGCGAGAGCUGUUGAAGACGUUUCGUAUCCCCGUCGACACGUUUGUCACUUAUGUGAUGACCCUGGAGGACCAUUACCAUGGAAACGUAGCGUACCACAACAGCCUCCACGCUGCAGAUGUCACUCAGUCCACGCACGUCCUCCUGUCCUCACCUGCUCUAGAUGCUGUCUUCACUGAUCUGGAGAUCCUCGCCGCUCUGUUCGCUGCAGCUAUCCACGAUGUCGACCAUCCCGGAGUCUCCAAUCAGUUCCUCAUCAACACCAACUCGGAGCUGGCCCUCAUGUAUAACGACGAGUCGGUCCUGGAGAACCAUCACCUCGCUGUGGGCUUCAAGCUUCUGCACCAGGAGCACUGUGACAUCUUCCAGAACCUCACCAAGAGACAGCGGCAGAGCCUCCGCAAGCUCGUCAUCGAUAUGGUGUUGGCCACAGAUAUGUCCAAACACAUGACGCUGCUGGCCGACCUGAAGACGAUGGUGGAGACAAAGAAGGUGACGAGCUCCGGCGUGCUGCUGCUGGAUCAUUACACCGAGAGGAUACAGGUGCUGAGGAACAUGGUGCACUGUGCCGACCUGAGCAACCCCACCAAGGCCUUGCCGCUGUACAGGCAGUGGACCGAGAGGAUCAUGGAGGAAUUCUUCAGACAGGGAGACAAGGAGCGGGAGAGGGGCAUGGAGAUCAGCGCCAUGUGUGACAAACACACCGCCUCGGUUGAGAAGAGUCAGGUGGGUUUCAUCGACUACAUCGUGCACCCGCUGUGGGAGACUUGGGCAGACCUGGUGCACCCGGACGCUCAGGAGCUGCUGGACACUCUGGAGGAAAACAGGGAGUGGUACCUGAGCACGAUGCCCCAGUCCCCCUCUCCUCCCCCGGACCGACACCUGCAGCACGACCGCUUCCAGUUUGAACUCACGCUGGAAGACCUGGAGCACAACAACCACAACCACGUCCACCUGAGCAGCAACGGGGGGAGGUGCGGCACCGAGGAGAGAACGCCGGGCGACGAAGGAGCUGAGACAGAAGACGAGGAGAAUCACAACAGCAAACACAACGGGGUCCAGGGUGAGGAGGAGGAAGAGGAGGAGGAGGAAGAUGGAGAAAGAGAGGGAGAAGAAGAAGAGGUGAAGGAGAACGCAGAGGAGGAGAAUGGAGAAGGAGAGGCAGAAGAAGAAGAGGAAACAAAGGAGGAGGAGGAAGAUGGAGAAGGAGAGGGAGAAGAAGAAGAAGAGGAGGUAAAUGAGGAGGAGGAAGCCGGAGAGAGAGACAAAGAAGAAGAAGAAGAAGAAGAGGUGAAGGAGAACACAGAGGAAGACAAUGGAGAAGGACAAGCAGAAGAAGAGGAGACAAAGGAGGAGGAGGAGGAGGCUGGAGAAAGAGACGGAGAAGAAGAGGAAGAGGUGAAGGAAAAUGCAGAGGAGGAGGAGGAAGUGGAAGACGACGGAGGAGGCGAAGUGAAUGAUGCAGUUGAGGAAGAGGAGACUAAAGAAGAGGAGGAAGAGGCUCAGCAACAUCCGGAAGAAGAACAAGAGGAUUGUGCAGAAGCUGAGGAGGGGCAGACCGAGGAAGGAGAAGGCGAGGAAUCUUUGGAAAAGGAAGAUAUAGAUGGAGAACAAGAGGGAGAGGAAGCAGCAGAGGAGGAAGAGGAAGUGGAGGAAAAGGAGGAGGUCGAGGAGGAAGAGGAGGAGGCAGCAGAAACGGAGGAAAAUGUAGCACAGGAGGUUGGAGAAACAGAAGAUGAGGAAGAGGAGAAAGAAGAAGAGGAAGAAGCUGUACAGGAGGAUGAGGAGGAGGAGGAGGUAGAGGAGGAGGUGGACGAAGCACCAGCUGAGGAUGAAAAGGAGGAGGAAGAGGAAAGUUAGUUCCAUGAAAAUGAACUUACAGGGUCAGGGAUCAUCGAGGGAUUAAACUAAAGAAAGACAGUUAGUAG